AGCAUGGGAGACCAGGUCAGCCAGCGAGGAGAGGAAGCAGCAGCGCAAGAAGGACAAGGGGCCCACAGGAUGCUGGGAGCCCUGGAGAACCCAAGACGGCGCCGAGGACCCAUGUGGAGACACCUGCCCCCUCAGGCAACAGGAGUAGAGGGCCUCCGGGAAGGAAGGUUGACUCCUCCACCAAUGGAGGAGGAGGAGGAGGUGUUGGAGGAGGACGGCUGGAUCUCGGGUCCAAGCCGCCGGGUCCGUCGGCCAGCGGGGGGGAGAGGGAGAAGUGGAGCUCCAGGGUACAGCGGCAGCGAGCCCAGCCGGAGCCCAAGCUCUGGGCUCAGGACAAGCCAGUGACACGGAGCAGUGUGGAAAGCAGAACCAGUACUGGCGUUAAACCCACAACCCUGCAGGAAGUGAAGGCCUGCAGAGCACGCAUCACUUCCUGUUACCCUCCAGUGGGACAUCCAACCUGAUGAUGAGUGGUGUGGUUUGAACGGCGUGAUGGCUGGCGACGCAGGCUCGGACUGGAGCGCCCCUCUGGUGCACUGGGGCCACUACGAAGGGCCUUGCUCUCCGGUACCGCUCAAGGGCCCCUCACCCAAAGAGGUGUCGUUCGAGGAGAAGGUGGCGGAGGACUCCGUAGGUGGGACCAAAUCCACCAAGAGGAAGAAGAAAAAGAAUAAGACUGUGGAUGAAGGCGCAGCCACUGUGGCCCUGCUUGGUGGUACGAUUCCCAGAGCUCAAGAGGCCCCAGCUGUUACUUCCAACAAGCAGUCUGCUAAACGACCAGACUCUGAGAAGAAGUCUGAGCAGAGGACAGAGCGUCUGAAGCCAGGCCAGAAGAAACAUGCUUGAAGAGACAAACCCAGAUCCAGGUCAGCAGCGUGAAGCACAUGCAUCUGCUUGAAUGAGUGCUUUGAUGAGACGUCUCCCGGCUGCAGCAGGUCUUGCUUCCCUCUCAGACGCAUUAUUGCACCUUUGAUCGAAGAGGAAGGAAGGGGAGAAGAAGGGGAGACGACCUGCCGCUGGAUCGUUCGCGCGGCGGACGUGAACCUGACACGGUUUGGCCUGUACCAUUCUUCGAUCUUGAGACAAGGGGACAUGCAAGGGAAUUAUUAGUAUCCCAUUAUUAGUACAUUUGUAUCUAUGUUGUUGUUUUUAUGUAUUAUGUGUGUCUUUAUGUACACACCGGAUUACAGCAAAGGAAGGAAAGGUUAAACCUGGUAAUGUUGCACUUUUAACAUUGAUCCGGUUCUUUUUUAUGUUGUAUUUUUAGGGUGUAUUAUUGCGGUUCCAGGAUUUAUACAAUGGCAUUUGAUAACCUCCAUUUGCUUUAUAUUAAUAUCCACCACUGGGGGGCACUGUCGCUCUUUAAUAGUUGUAACUAAAGCUCGCUAAUAUGAGGUAGCGCUAUGGGCUGGCCUUCUGGUCAAUGAUAUCUAACUUGAAAUUCCACACUAUGAAUUUAUCAGACUUUUUCCGUACAUGGGCUACAUAAUUCUCGUCUCUUCCGAUCUCUGCGCCUUGCCAUAGUUUAAGGGCUGUUUCUAAUUAUCUUGUAAUUGCACUGUGGAAAAGGCUAUUCUGAGUUGGGUUCUUUCUUUGUGGUUUGUAUUUUUUCAGAGAUUGUCUUGUAGAAUAUGAUAACAUGAAAAUCCUGACUUAACUUGUCCGCAAUCUGUGGAAAAGAAAUGGAACAUUCAUCUGAGGCAGAAAAGGAUUAUUGGCAUGAAUCUAUACAUCAAUAUUAUUAGGAAAUGCAGGAAGAGGCUGCAUACUUGGCAGCUAAAUAUCUUCAACAUUGUUUUGUAACCGUUUAUAUAUAUAAAAAUAUACAGAGCAAUGCAUUUAUAUGGCCUUAAACUGUAGUCAUAUAGGAUGGGAGCUGACUUUUUUGUUUCAGUCUGUGACUUUCAAAACGUCAGAUGAAUCUCAGUGUACAUUGUCUUUGAUAAUUGUGUGUGUUAAUUGAAUGUGAUUAGCAGGUCAGUCUAAUUAAGCGUUUUUUAGUCUUUGGAGAGCUGUAUUGCUUCAAGCUGUUGAUUGGCUAGUGGUGGUACAGUACCUUGACAUGUUUAUUUUUGUUGACAAGGCUGUUGUCAAGGAGACGGGUAUGGAAUCAAAGAAACCCUAUUUGAUCUUUGCUAUUGUGAUGAAUUAAUUAUUUAAUGAGCAUAUUUAUAUGAUUGUCUUUAAAUAAUUUUGAGAUUGAUUUAGUCUUUUGGAGGAAUAUAAUUGAAAUGUCUGUUUUGGUCGGUUUUAGAAAAAUUAAAUUAAAUAAAUUAUUAAUUAAUGUUUCAAAA